AUGAACCUAUUAGUUAUUAUUAGUUUUGUGGCUCUGUUUCGAAGUAGUAAUGGGCAAGAACGCACGUACCUCAUUACAGCACCUAAGAUCUUUAGAGUGGGAGCAGCUGAGACUGUGGUGAUUCAAACAUAUGGAUAUACAAAUUCGUUACGUAUAUUAAUCACUCUAAGGAGUUUCCCAGAUAGGACAAAGAUCUUUGCAGAAGAAAUGGUUACAAUAAAUGAAGAGAAUGGAUUUCAAGGAUCUUCACAUGUUACUAUCUUGCCAAAAGAUUUACCCAGAAAGAAAAAUGAAAAACAAUAUGUGUACUUAAGAGCACAUUCUCCAGAUUUUACUCAAGAGGAAAAAGUGCCAGUGUCUUACCAGAAUGGAUUACUCUUUGUCCAGACUGACAAACCUGUUUAUACUCCUGAUCAAUCAGUGAAAUUUCGAAUUUAUUCCUUGAAUGAAGAACUCAAACCAGCCAGAAGACCAGUUGCUGUUACUUUUAAGGAUCCAGAGGGAGUAAAAGUGGACUAUGCUGAAUAUGAAGAUGUCACUGGAAUAAUCUCAGUACCUGACUUCAAGAUUCCAUCUAAUCCCAAAUAUGGCUUGUGGAAAAUAGAAACUUUAUACAAAAACGACUUCUCAACAUCUACAUCAACACAGUUUGAGAUCAAAGAAUAUGUGUUACCAACUUUUCAGAUCUCUAUCAAGCCAGAAAAACAUUACAUUUCCUUUAAAGAAUUUGAGAGAUUUACAAUAACUGUAACAGCAAGCUACUUUUAUAAAAAACCAAUAGCAUCAGCCUUUGUCUUUGUUCGUUUUGGAAUUCUGGAAAAAGGUGGUAAGAAGCAACUAAUGCCACAUGCAGCACGAACAGUUGUGAUGGUAAAUGGAGAAGUAACAGUAGAGUUCAAUGCAAAAGGUGAAACUGAAGUAAUACAGCGAGGUAGUAUUGAAGAUCUUAAUGGAGACAAUUUGUACAUUGGAGUGACAGUUCAAGAUUCAUCAGCUGACAUAACUGAAGAUGCUGAAUACACUGGAGUUAAAUUUACAGAAUCACCAUAUACAAUUAAUUUGGUAGCAACUCCACUCUUCAUAAAACCCAAACUGCCAUACUACAUCAUAGCCCAGGUAAAAGACAUUUUGGGAUAUCCAGUGGGAGAUAUCACAGUUACGAUUUCUGCAGAAGCAGUCUUUGAAGAUGGCGCAAGGAGGGAACUGAUCAUGGAAGGUUGGAGUGGAAGAAAGCAGACCAAAAAAGAUGACGGAACAGUAUUGUUCAUGAUCAACGCUCCAGCUGAUAUUGAAGAGUUAGAAUUUAAGAUUAGAACUGCUGUCGAAGAUGAAUAUUCCAUCCCCAGGUUAUACACAGCAAAAGCUUAUCAGUCAAUCUCUAAAAGCUACCUGUACAUUACUUGGACAGGAGGUUUCCAAAAAUUCCAUGUAGGGGAUUAUCUUACUGUGAAUCUUAUCGCAAGUAGUCCCUAUUGGAAUAAAAUAAAACACUUCCACUAUCAGGUUGUGUCAAAAGGAAAAAUACUUUCAUAUGCGACCAAAGACCGUCCACCAGGUAACCAGGUUUUCAGUCUGAACAUUCCCAUUACUGCAGAAAUGAUUCCUUCUGCACGCUUGAUUGCAUAUUAUGUGGUAACUGGAGAAAACAAAGCUGAAUUGGUUGCUGAUUCUCUGUGGUUUGAGGUGGAAGAGAAGUGUGUAAACAAUCAACAGAUUCAACUGAGUACAGAUUCUGUUGUUUACAAGCCAGGAAGCCAAAUGGCUUUAAGUAUUACUGCUGAACCAAAUUCACUUGUUGCAUUAUCUUCCAUUGACACUGCUGUGUAUGCAAUAAGAACAGGACGCAGGAUCUCAGCUGAAAACGUACUUCUUGAUGCUGAAAAGCACGAUCUUGGAUGUGGUGCUGGAGCAGGGAGAAAUAAUGCUGAUGUAUUCAGGAGAGCUGGGUUGAUGUUUUUUACCAAUGCUAAUGUUAAAGCUUUGCCAGUUACUGACACAAAAUGUGAUUCAAAUUUGCGACCAAAGCGAGAUUUGAAAAUGAUGACUGAAAUUCGGAAGAAGAUUGCCAGAUUUACAAACCCUAUUGCACAGAAGUGUUGUAUGGAUGGAAUGAAAAGCUAUCCUCUCAGACACUCAUGCUCUGAACGAGCAAGGAGAAUCAAGUUACCUGAUCCAUGCAGAAAUAUAUUUUUGGAAUGCUGCAAUCAUGCACAAAAGUUACGUUUGAAGUCUGAAAGUGACCUGACGUUGGGACGAAUGGAAUUGAACAGUGAAUAUGAAAUGGAGCCACCGCACAUCCGUAGUUAUUUUCCAGAAAGCUGGCUGUGGGAGGUCCAUGAAAUUCAAGAGAGCUCAGGUACUCAGCCACUGUUAAGAACUUUGCCUGAUUCACUAACAACUUGGGAAGUCCAAGGAGUUGGAAUUUCUGAGACUGGUAUAUGUGUUGCUGACCCAAUAAAAGUGACAGUUUACCAAGAUGUGAUUCUAAAAGCAAAACUACCUUAUUCUGUCGUGCGAGGUGAACAAGUGCAACUAAGAGCUUCUGUAUAUAAUUAUCGGAAGGACAAAAUAGGGGUUUGUGUACAAAUAAGUACAGAAGACGGAACAUGUUUGUUCAAAGGCUCUCAAACAAGCAUUGAAGGAAGGCAGCAUACUGCUUGCCAAAGAAAAACCUUGGAAAGUUUCUCAGCACUUCCAUUUACAUUCACUAUACUUCCUCUGAAAAUAGGUGUCCACAGCAUAAAUUUCACACUUAAAACUCAACAUUCAGCAAAUGAAAUUACUGUCCACAAAUUGCUUGUAGUGCCUGAAGGUAUUAAGAAAGAGAAAAAUUUCCCCUACAUAUUGGAUCCAGCCAACGCCUUGGGCAACAUGGUGAGAAGGAUUGAAAUUCGACUGAAAACACCAUUGAAUAUUCUCCCAAAUGUAAAACCGAAGAAUGUGUUGACUGUGCAAGGUAACAUCAUUGGUGAAGCGAUGUCCAUAGCUUUAAAUCCUGAAGGAGUUCACAAACUAACUAAUCUACCUCGUGGCUCUGCUGAAUCCGAGCUAAUGAAUAUUGCACCAAUUUACUUCAUCUAUAACUAUUUGGUGAAAACCAAUAGUUGGAAUGCGAUGGGACCAAACAGCUUGAAGAUUCAGCUGAACAUGAAGAAACAAAUAAGAAAUAGCAUUACAAGUAUUAUGUCCUUCCGUACCAAAGAUGGCAAUUCAUAUAGUGUGUGGAAGGAUCGAGAAGGGAGCACCUGGUUAACAGCCUUUGUAUUAAGGGUGUUUGCACAAGUCAGUGAGUAUCUAACUAUUGAUGAACAAUCAAUGUGUACUACAAUCUUUUGGCUCAUCCAUAAUUGUCAAAACUCUGAUGGAUCGUUUAGAGAACAUUCUAGUUAUGUGCCACUACGAUUUCAGACUAUAAAGGAUGAAACUAAAGAAAGAACAAUAUAUUUGACAGCAUUUACUAGUAUUGCCAUUCAAAAGGCUUUUCACACAUGUGCAACUGAGGGAGUUAGCAACGCUAUACUUAAAGCUGAUGAAUAUUUGUCAAACAAUUUGGAGAACAUGAAGAGUACACUUGUAUUAGCAAUGACUGCUUAUGCACUCACAUUGAAAAACCAACGAUCUCGCUUUUCCUAUCGAGCCUUGGAAAAAUUGAAGAACAAAGCUUCUGUAAUAGGGAAUCCCCCUUCACAUCGAUUCUGGAAAGACAUUUUUGAAAGAUCAGCCUCUUCAGCUGAAGUAACUGCACGAGUAGUAGAAACAACAUCAUAUGCUCUUCUGACUGUGUUACACUCCACUGAUAAAGGAUAUGGAAAACUCAUAGUGACUUGGCUCAGUGAACAACAGCGCUAUGGUGGAGGCUUUCUUUCAACACAAGACACUGUAACAGCCCUUGAAGGUCUCACAGAAUACAUUAUUAAUAUGAAGCGUGCUAAGCUUGAUAUGUCAAUAACAAUAGACUACAGAAAACUUGGCAACAUUCAGCAGUUUGAAUUGAAUGAACGAAAAUCAUUUGCAAGACCAGUGGAGAUUGAGAAAAAUGACAAUGUAAUUGUAAGAACUACUGGUAGGACUGGCACAGCUAUUGUUAAUAUGAGGAGUGUGUAUUAUGUCAUCGGCACAUCCAGUGAAACUUGUGAUUUCUCUCUAACAAUAAAAGCCACAAAAAUUAUAUCAGAUACACUUCCUCCAGGAGUUGAAACAGUUUAUCGCCUAGAAGCUUGUGCAAAAUAUAUCCCUAGAUCUGAAGAAUUUGUAUUGGAAUCGGAUCAUUCUGUAAUGGAGAUAACAUUGAACACAGGCUUAAUGCCGGAAGAGGAAGAUUUAAAAAUAAUAUUAUAUGGAGUUGAUGGCUUGAUUAAUGACUACAGAAUAUCAGAUAGAAGCGUCAUUCUUCAAAUGGAUGCAAUUCCAUCAGACAACUUCUUCUGUGUUGGCUUCCGUGUUUAUGAAAUGAUGAAAGUUGGAAUGAUAACCUCAGUUCCUUUCACAGUCUAUAGCUAUCAUUCACCAGACAGAAGAUGCACUAUCUUUUACAACCCAGCUGGAGAUAAAAGGCUUUUAGAGCUCUGCAGUGGAGAUGAAUGUAAAUGUAUGAAAGCUGAGUGCAGUGAAAUGCAGCCACCAUUAGAUAUAACUCUCAAUGCCCAUGAUAAAUAUGAAGCUGUAUGCAAUAAAGGGCCAGUUUAUGCCUACAAAGUGCAAAUUUUGUCUUCUGAGGAACAGAUUAAUUUCAUCAAAUACAACGCCACAAUUCAGGAAAUAUUUAUGAAAGUUGAUGCUGUUGAUGAAAACUCAAUUAUAACUUUGAUUAAGAAGGACACCUGUUCUGAUGUUAGUUUAAUCAAAAAUAGGUCGUACUUGAUAAUGGGAAAAGACAGCCUGAGGUUAAGCUCAUCAAGGAGAUUUGUCUAUGAAUACCCUUUGGACUCAUCCAACUGGAUAGAAGUGUGGCCUUCUAAAGAAGAAUGUUCUGGAGAUGCAUGUGGAGUCUUCCUCCAGCAAAUGGAUAAUCUUUCAACUGAUCUUUUAAUAAAUGGAUGUUAA